CUUUCUAACACAGGAAGUAUAAUCAUGUACCGGAAUUGUUUUCCACCAUACGUUUGGCUUUCUAAAAAUGGCAAACAGGACUGUGAAAGAUGCUAAUAGCAUACACGGUACAAACCCACAGUAUUUAGUUGAGAAAAUUAUACGAACACGCAUAUAUGAGUCAAAAUACUGGAAAGAGGAGUGUUUCGGACUGACGGCUGAACUGGUUGUGGACAAAGCGAUGGAAUUGAAGUAUGUUGGUGGUGUUUAUGGAGGGAACAUCAAGCCUACGCCGUUCCUCUGCCUGACUCUGAAGAUGCUACAGAUCCAACCUGAAAAGGAUAUCAUCGUGGAGUUCAUAAAAAACGAGGAUUUCAAGUAUGUCCGUCUGCUUGGAGCCACAUACAUGAGACUGACUGGUUCUUCAGUGGACUGCUACAAAUACCUUGAACCGCUUUACAAUGAUUACAGAAAAAUCAAAAGCCAGAACAGAAAUGGAGAAUUUGAACUGAUGCAUGUGGAUGAGUUCAUAGAUGAGUUGCUUCAUGCCGAAAGAGUGUGUGAUGUUAUCCUGCCCCGGUUACAGAAACGGCAGGUCUUAGAAGAGGCAGAGCUUCUGGACUCACGUAUAAGUGCUCUGGAGGAAGACUUGGAUGAAGUGGAAACCAGUGAAGAGGAGGAUGAAGAAGAGGAGAAGCCAGAGAGAGGCCCGUCUCCAGAGCCACACCGACGCGGUUACCGUGACACCGACCGGCCGCGUCGUUCACCCUCACCCCGCUACAGACGCAGUCGUUCACCAAGGAGGAGGAGCAGGUCGCCAAAAAGACGCAGUCCCUCCCCAAGACGGGAACGCCACCGCAGCAAGAGCCCCCGCAGACACCGCAGCAGGUCCAGGGACCGGCGCCACCGCUCCAAAUCCCCAGGUCACCACAGAAGUCAUCGGCAUCGCAGUCAUUCCAAGUCUCCAGAAAGCAGAUCAAAGAAGAGUCACAAGAAAAGCCGAAGAGGAAACGAAUAAUUUUUGUAAAACAUUUUUAUCCAGAUUUAAGGGACUUUACCGUUAUUUUUCAAAGUUAUACCCACAAUCUCUUAAAGGAGAUGUGUAGGACUUCAGUAGCUGUCUUUUUGGUUGGGUAAACUUGUAUUUGUCAUUUUAAUACUGUGUAUAUGUAAUUAAAUCAGAUAAAUGCUUUGAACAAA